AUGGCCACCUUGGUGAGAAGCUUAACCAGGAGGAAAAGGCUUAAGCAGGAGGAAAAAACGAACUCGGAAUUGUCGAAAUGUCUAACCACUUGGGAUUUGACAUCCCUCGGGAUUGGCGCUACCUUGGGAGCGGGAAUUUAUGUUGUUUCGGGACAGGUUGCUGCUAGUAUCGCGGGACCUGCUGUAAUCAUUUCAUUCGCCUUAGCAGCAAUAACAUCCAUACUGUCAGGUUUAUGUUACGCUGAAUUUGGCGCACGUGUUCCUAGGACAACUGGAUCCGCUUACGCUUACAGUUAUGUCACGGUCGGGGAAAUAUGGGCUUUUAUCAUCGGAUGGAACUUAAUUCUAGAAUACAUGAUCGGUACAGCAGCAGAUGCUCGGGCGUUAAGCGCUUGCUUCGAUUAUGUUAUUGGAAACGCCAUUCGAAAUUUAACGCUAACGUACGUUGGUGAGAUGCAAAUUCCUGGUCUUGGUACAUACCCAGAUAUACUUUCUUUCGUUGUAACUAUCAUCGUUACAACUGUACUUGCAGUUGGUGUCAAGCAAUCUUCAACUUUUAGUACAAUUUUUAAUGUUUUAAACUUCUUAGUCGUGGUUUUCAUCGUGAUAGCGGGGAUGUUUUUCGUGGACACCCGGAACUGGACGGAAGGGAAAGGAUUUUUCCCGUACGGAUUUUCUGGAGUACUAAGUGGAGCGGCGACGUGCUUUUACGCUUAUGUUGGCUUUGAUAUCAUCGCUACGACAGGAGAAGAAACUAAAAAUGCUCCAAAGUCUAUUCCAACAGCAAUCGUUGCUUCACUGGUUGUUAUAUUUCUAUGUUAUUUUGGAGUAUCCACUGUAGUAACACUCAUUGUCCCUUUUGAUCAGCUGGACAAACUAUCGCCCAUACCAAACGCCUUUGUUCAGAGAGGAUUUCCUUUCGCAAAGUACAUUAUCGGUGUAGGUGCUAUUUGUGGCUUAUCUUCAAGCCUUCUGGGAUCUCAGUUUCCUCUGCCAAGGAUCAUUUAUGCCAUGGCUUCGGACGGCUUGCUCUUCAAAUGCUUUGCUAGUGUGAACCCUAGAACCGAGGUACCUGUUGUUGCCACAGUGUACCCAGGAAUUUUAACGGCUGUUGUCGCUUUGUUAUUUGAUUUGAACGAAUUGGUUGAGAUGAUGUCUAUAGGCACGUUACUGGCGUACACAUUAGUGUCCCUAUGUGUUUUGAUCCUCCGUUAUCAGCCGGAUCUUUCAGACGCCCAUUCCAUGGACCUCUUAAACCUUCCAGACAAAGAUCACAAUGUUUAUGAACAACUUUCCUUAUACGAACAUACAGCAGAGGAAUUUGAAUAUCAGAUGUCUCCAAAUGGCCAUCUACACUUUCUAGAUUCCCCCAAUUUCGAUAAAAAUCAAGACAAUGAAUUAUCCUGGGAGGAGUUUACAACAGCAAACAAGAAAACAUCAAGGCAGAUUCCUCGCAAUAAACUUACUAAAGGUCCUACGGCGGAAAGUGUAAAAUUAGUGAACUGGGCAGUGGCCUUACUAUUCAUCUCGUUUAUUGGAUUUUGCAGUGCUACUGUUUAUGGUUUAGAAGCCUUACAGAGACGCAGCUUUGUAAUCAUACUUUUUCUCGUACUUUUUGGAGUCCUCAGUAUAUUUGCUAUUGUGGUGAUUUGUUUACAGCCUCAGAACACUAAGGAAAUAUCCUUCAAGGCGCCAUUAGUCCCGGCACUUCCAAUUCUCGCCAUCUUUUUCAAUGUAUUUCUCAUGCUCAAGUUAUCCAGACUGACCUGGAUUCGCUUUGGAGUUUGGAUGGGAUUAGGUUUGUAUUUGAAACCCCGUUUAAGGUUGAUUUCCACUGACGCGUUUCAGGGGCACCCAACGGCAGUUUUCGAGAAAAUAUCUGUUCGGAAAACGAUUUGAGAUCUAGAAUUUUCGGAGCAUUUGUUGUAAAAUUUCUUGCUUGUCUCCCUCUCCUAGGAUUUUCGAACAUCUACAAAAUGGUAAAAUUACCCAUUUUUAACGGAUUUUGACCCCAAUAAAGGCCACCUAGAAUUUUCGGGAGCCUUUUCCUGGUUGAAAUUUUCGAGAAGGUAAGUUUUCAUCCCUAUAAUUUUCGGAUCACUAGACUUUCAGCUAGGAAAUCCGAACAGAUGAAAAGUUUUUAGGGGAUAAAAAUACGCCUAUAUCUACCGUUUGAAUACUAAAAUACGUUUAACAAUGCUAUGUUAAGUGGUUUUAAACUAUAUCCUCGUUGGGUGCCCCUGGCGUUUUUGGCUCCGCACGUUAACGCACGUAAAUUUGAAUCACGUAAAUAAAAUAGCGGUAAGAUAAAAAGUGCUGGACCCAGUUCCUAGAAAGAUGGUUACGUUUAACGCAGGAUUAAGCGAAAAUUUAAGUUCGGUUUGUAAGUUCGAUUUUAGUGAUAUUUGGCAUAAAUACAGCAAUUUGUUAACGUAAUUUCGAGCCGUUAAAAAACAAUAAAUAUCACGUUGACCCUUAACCCUGAGACACAUGUAAUUUGAUUUACACAAAAUGUUUUUCAUGUAGGUAUUUCUUUAAAUACCACUGCUCUAAGCCAAUCAAAUUGCAGAAAUUUCUCAUGUAGUGGUAUAAUCUUGCUAACAGCAUGUAACUCGAGCUUAAAAAAUACUGUUGACCCUUAACCCUGAGACACAGUAAUGAUUUACACAAAAUGUUACUUCUAAGAAAUGCAAAGGAAGGUAACGCUUACGAGCGACCCUUCAUGCACUGCCUCUAUUUUAUUAGCUAAUGUAAAUUUUACUCACGUACGCCUGUAAAAAUUGCGCGACACUGGAAAUCAACCCUUACACAGGUCCGGGCAGAAACGGAUCAAUUGAGGUUUCUGGGAAACUGCCCACCUACCCCUCCCCUAACCCAACAUUUUGCCCUAACUGAGAAGUAAGUGAUAAUGUUGACUUAACUUAUGGGAGGGGUAGGUGGGUAGUUUCCUAGAAACCUAAAUUGAUCCCCAAAAACUUGCACAGAAAACUUUCGCCAGCGACCUGCGGAAAAAGUGUGCAACUUUUGGAAGGGCAACCUGUGUAUGUUUUUGGCCUCUCUGGUGAUUAUAUGUACCAAUUACGGUCGAUGAUCCAACUGAUUAAAAUUUUGAAAAAAAAGUAAUUUCAAUAAUCCCAGUAUCCCUUUAGCCCAAUAUGGAAAAAUGUGGGUUUCUCUUAUCAGCACAGAACAUUUUGACCGUGCUUUCAGUGUAAGUAAACACGACAGAUAAGAGAAGUGUGACGUAAAAAAAAAAUCAGAUUUGUGAAAUUAUGGGAUUAGUAAGCAUAUUCAGAAGAACAAGAUGAAAAAACCCUCUUGCCAAAAUUCAGCCUGUCAGUGUUGUAAGUGAGUGAGGCCGGAUAUAAGCAACUUUGAGUACUGAUGACUCCACAUAAAUCCUUCUAAAACUGGCUUGGAUCGUAACUAUCCACAUUAUCUCAUUAUUUCUUUAUCAGAACUGAACUGUUUGUCCUUGUUUUCAGCUUAAAGUAAUACAAACGAUCAAGUUUACGUAGGCAAACGCCAGUUUGUACUACGAGACUAAGUUUUUUCUUUACUUGUUGUUCCCCGUUUAAAAGCGAGUUGUUUCACGCCAAUUUUAUCCAUAAGAAUUAGUUCGCACAGGUUUUAUACCGUUACUUCCUUUUUAUGAAAAAUUGUCGUUUUGAACCUGACAUUUGCCGUUUUCGGUAACCGUGAUUCGAAAUUUCUGUAAUACCUCCCGGAGCCUGCCAAGUUUAACCGUAACCUUUUCCUGUUUUACUAGGAAUGUUACUUUACUUUGGAUACAGCAUCUGGAAUAGCGGUGAAAGGCAUAGAAGAUCACAUCUGGGGCAGGGGAUGUUUGACAGACAGGUUCUUCUCGCUGAUGACCCGGAUUACGUAGACAUUGAGUAUGAAAUGGAAACAAUCCCAGCUCAUAGGGACGAUACAGAAUACUUAGCACCAAGUCUCUUCAAAUGGGACAGCUUAUGA